AGUCAUCCUGAAAUGUUGGAUGUAAUUACAGUUGAACUGCCUUUAUAAAUUACUUACUUUCAAGUAUAGAAAUCGCUCUUAUUUUUUUUAAAGCUUGUGUUUAAAUGAGUUGCCGUUUCAAUACUGUGAUUUAAAGGUUCUUGAGGGUAUCAUGGGGAUACUUUUGAGACAAAAUCUUUGGAAACUCAGAUUUCUAAAGGAAUACAAAUCUAUGCACAUUUUAUAAGGCAUUUAGGCUAUUAAAACUGAACAUCCUGACUGAACAGUAAAUCCUGCUUUCCAUCACCCAGUACAAUGACCCCAUUGUGAUUCUCAAUGGCGAUCAGUAACUUGAUGCUUGACAGUGUCAGAUCAGGGGAGCACAGAAAGAGCACAGGAGGGGAAAAAAGCGAUGCAGUGAAAAGAAAGUAUUUGAAAGACCUGAAGUGUGGUAUUGGGUAAGAGUAUUAGGAGAGAACGCUUUGUUGCAGUUACUGGACAGGCAAGGUCUUCUGUUUAUCUCUUAGUCUUCUAAGCAAAGGGCAGAAAGAAAGGCAAUGGACAGCAGAGUGCAACACAGGGACAAAACAUAUGUGUAUCUGUGGACUUGCAGGCAGUUCCAGCAGGAGCAAGCCGAAUGGGAAGGAAUAAACCGACUACUUCAGCAUCAUGGCUUCAAACCCAUUCAGCUUGCAGACCCUAUGGAAAACAAAAACCUAUCGGAUGUGGUUCUCCUGGAUAAAAAGUCUGCUGCAGAAAUUAAACUUAUACUAAAGUCUUUGGUAAAAGAUACUGAGCGAAGACAGGCAUUGAUCCAGGAGCUAAUUCAGUCUAAUAACCAGCUAAAAGAUGAGGUCCAGCAGCAGGAGGCUCGAGCUGCUCGUCAGUCACAGCGUGCUUCUGAUCUGGAGAAAAUCUUGGAUGGCGUCAAGACCAAGAUUCAAGACCUGGAGGAUGACUAUAUUGCUAAGGCCGCUCGGCAGCAGAACCAGAUGAAGCAGCUACAGACGGAUAAAAAGGACUCGCAGAAACGUUACCGUCUUCUGGAACAGAAAGUAGGCGAAGAGAAAGAGGUUAUUUCUCAGCUGCAGAAGAGGCUAGAGUGUGUUGUAAAUGAAGAAGACAAACGCACAACCAGGCAAAACAAAGUCUUUCAGCAGUUUCGCAAGAGAGGAGCCAAAGAAAGCUCUGUGCUUGAUCAACAGCUUCUGGAUGUGAUUGAUGCCUAUGAAACUAAGAUCCAACAUCUGCAGACAGAGCUAAGGAAGUACAAAGGAGAUACUGAUGAGAGUUCCCAGGAGGAAUUACCCGUUAGAAGAAAAAGACAAGACAAAAAUGAAAUACUAGAUGCAACUCCAAAUUAUAAAGCACUUCUCAAGUCCUACCAAGACCAGCUUAAGGAAUCCAAAGCCCAGAAGGAACAGAUGAGGCAAGAACAUGUGAAACUAAAACAGGAGCUAGAAUCAAGGCCUACAGCGAAGGAGCUGAAGUCAUGCAAACAGCAGUUGAAAAGGAUGGACAGAAUUAUCCAGCGGAGUAACAUCACGUCUGCAGAGCAUGGCAAUAAUGAAAACGAUGAAGGUGCAGACCGCACAGAGGUUGAGCAUAUAGACUGCUUGCAUGCUAACAUCUGCAGGAGAUUUUUAAAGAGUAUUUGCAAGGAACUGAACGUCCAGGAUAUAAAUGACCUUGUCCCAGCUGCAAGAGUGAGAGCUAAAGAAGCAGAAGCCAAUCCUAAACUUGUGAAGGUUUUGAGUGCUAUAAAAACAGUUGUGAGUAAUCAGAGAGCCCCACUGUUGCAGUCCCUCUCUGACACUGUUGAGGAACAAGGAUAUGAACAACUUCUUCCUACAAUAGAGAUGUGGGCUGAGCAGUUGGUAUCUUUAAAGGAUCUGCAAUGUGUUCUGAAGAAGUUAAUGCUCAGACUGGUUCCCUGGCAUUCCUUUGGCACCCACGACCCAAGCAGUGGAGUACGGGUAGAACAUUUGCUGUUGAUGGUUGACAUUCUGUUGAAAGAAACGGAAACAAAAGACAAGGAAGUCAAAAAGCCCUCCCAGCAAACCCUGCAAGCAAUAGUAUCCCACUUUCAGAAGCUGUUUGACGUGAACUCCAUUAGUGGUGUUUACCCCCGGAUGAGUGAAGUGUACAGCAAACUGGGAGAAAUGACAAAUGCAAUGAGAAAUCUCAGAGACCUCUUGGGACUGGAUGACUCCACUCCUCCCAGUGCAUUGGUAAAUAUGGUGGGCAAACUUUGCUGUUCAAUAAAUGAUGGCACAAGCCAGCAAGUACAGCAGUUGCUGGGCACCCAGGACAUUGAGAGUAUCAUCAACAGGUUGGAAGAACAUGAGGAGUUUUUUCCAGCAUUUCAAGCCCUUAUCCAGGAGUUGCUUCAGAUUCUAGAUGUCAACCACCUGGAUGAUGUUCUGUCAACAGUCCGUUCACUAAAGCUGUUAGCUGAAUAAGAAGCAACGUUAAAUGUGGUUUUGUAUUUUACAUUUUUGUACAUUUUUAACCUGUUAUGGUGAUAAACUAAAAUUAUAUAUAUUUGUUUUUUUAGCACUUUGAUAUAGCAAGUUUAUUUUUGUGGAAUGUUUUUUAUUGUGUUUGUUUGAAUUACUUCAUUACUCAAUUAAAUGAAUAUUGCAUUUGCUUCUA